AUGUUAUCUUCAGAUCGCUGGAAACUUUGUCUUGUGUUCAUUGGCCUUGCGAUUACCGGUCUUUCUGCCGAUGGUAAGUUGAUGUUUUUUUAGUAUAACUUUUUUGAAAUCGUAUAUAGAGAUUUGAGUUUUUUGGUAGGUUAUUGUUUUGUUGGUUUGAGGAGAUAUACUUUGAAUUUUGUACUUUACCUUUGGUAUGGUUUUUGUUUAACUGUACGAAGACCUAUUAUAUUAAUUUACAUCAAUGUUGAAUUUGCUUUUCACUAAACAGACCGCUUUUAGCUGAUUGUAGCUACGGUAGUACUAGCGUAAAAAGUGGUCCUAAUCUUAUCGACAAAAACGAGGACCUGUUCUACAUUGCCGGGUUUAAGAACAACAAAUUCGAUGUGAACGGUGCAAAGUUCUUCUUAACCCACAAAAACCAAGAGGAUACGAGUGGUGAUGUGCUUAAACUUGAUGGAGUUUUUGAUGGUAGUAAGUUAUUAUUUUUUUUUAUCUUUUGUUUUGUGUUUAUCAUAGUAAGGGAUGUGUUUUAGUGCUGGUGAAACCUACGGAUGGGCGUUUGUUCAGUACAGCGGACAAGAAUAAGUACAUUACGUGGUUUGCUGUGGAAAAGGAUGGGUUGAAUUUGUUUCUAGCACAUAUUGAAUUUCUUCCUCGAGACAAGUAAGUUUUUAAAAAUAUUUUUGGAAGGCUGUCAAUAUAGGUAUAAAUCUUCAAAAGGAUGUCAGUCUGCCCUAUCUCUUCACUAUGAGAAAUGUCUUUAGCUUAAAAGUUGUUAAAAUACAACUGAUAAUGUUUCAGCGACAAGUUCAGAAUAAAACGUAAUGUAGUCCGUGCAGUUGAUCGCAACAAGUCUGUACGCUUUGCCAAUACAUUUGGAAGAUCCCACUUUGUCGAGCCCUACCUUGUCAACCUGAAGCCAUGUAUUAUCAUCGAUGUUACUGACUUUGAUCACCCCAAGCAUAUUUCUUUUAAAGCGGAACAAUGCACCGAUGAAGAGUUGAGGGGCUUGAAUAAUACUGAUUUAUUUGGCAUCAAUCUGGAUGACAUCAAAAGAAAGUUUAAAGCAGUUGACGUAUGUUUCUUAACAAUUGAUGAAUAGUAAGAUAGGAUGCUAGUGAAAUAUUUGGUGUUUUUCAAAGUAAAAACCUGCAAAGCUUGUCAUGUUUUGUAAAAUGCGUUUCAGGAGUACCCAGUACACUAUCCCGACGCAGAUGGUGAGAAUUACAAAUUUUCCUUCAAACAAAAGGACAAGCUGGGAGUGCCUGUAGCUCAAUCUGGGUCAUGUUUGUGGACUUUGGAAGCGUAGGUUUUUAUUAUUAGGCUGUUCAUAUAGUUUUGUGCCCUCUCUCAAAGUAUAUUUGCUCAGAAUUAUUGGAACAACCUAUUAUUAGGUGCCGACAUAAAGAACCCGCCAUACUUAACUUGUAAUUUCCUGUAAAAAAUGGCGGGUUCUUUAUGUCGGUACCUAAUAUUUUUGGCCAAUGGUAAUACCUUGUCUUUUUGGACUUGUAAGAGAAUGUAAGAGCAAGUAUAAUGUUACAUUUGGCUAUUUUUUGUUCAUGUUUAUUUUAAAUUUGAAUUUAGUAAAAAAUUUACUUUUUAUUUUUAGUAUUACACCUAAAAAUCCUGCUGAAGGUAACGGAGCAUUCGAUGGCGUAGUGACGUUCUUGUAAGUUUAUUUUUAUGUUGACAUAAUUUUUUUUCUGUAAAGCUAUUUUAUUUUAAAAAUUUUUUUAUUCUUCAAACUUAACAACGUGUACAACUUUCAGUUUGGAAGGAGAUGAGGACAGAUGUCUGCGAUCGGAAAAUAAGUUCCACGUCCAGUUGCAAAGCCCAGCCAUUAUGAAUGGCACAUUUUGUGAUGAAGAUCAACGCUGGAGUUUCUUCACGAAGCCUCAAGCACCACCGGAGAGCAAUCAAACGGCCGACUCGAUCGAAACUGGUGGAAUGAAGGAGUGUGAUAUGUAUGUUGGGUUCUAGUUAUCAUUUUUUGUAUUGCUUGAUUAUCUUUCACUAGCCAAGCAAUAGCAAAACAAGUAAUUUUUCUUGGUAUUGGAGAAGAAGGCCAAAAUUUGUACUCACAUUUCAUGCUGUUUUUAGGGACAGCAUGCAGGAGUUCUUCAACACCGCAAAAUCACUAAUUAUUGGAGUUAUUGUCGCCGUCAUCAGCACCAUUGUCGCCACGAUUCUGUUCGUGGUGGGUAUGGUCGGCCGCAUCCGAUACAUGCGUCACAAGAAGGAGAAACUAGAGAAGCUGGGCUCUCAAGCCUAUAGUACCGCCACCGAAGCCACCACCAUCGGCUCCACGAUGAGCCAGGCCUCGCAAGCGUCCCAAGUCUCGCAGACCAAGUAA